AUGUCGUCCACCACCGCCGCCGCCGCCGCUUCCCCGCCCUCCAAGCGCGUCAAGACGACCGACGACGGCUCGUCCAUCAUGGAGCCCGCCCCGGCCCUGCAGGUCAAGAAGCUCUCCGACCAGGGCCGCCUGCCGACGCGCGGCAGCGCCUUUGCCGCCGGCUACGACCUGUACGCCGCCAGGGACACGACGGUCCCGGCGCGGGGCAAGAUCCUCGUCGACACGGACAUUAGCAUCGCCGUCCCCGCCGGCACGUACGGCCGCAUCGCCCCCCGCUCCGGCCUCGCCUCCAAGCACUUCAUCGACACGGGCGCCGGCGUCAUCGACGCCGACUACCGCGGCCAGGUCAAGGUCCUGCUCUUCAACCACGCCGACGCCGACUUCGACAUCAAGGAGGGCGACCGCAUCGCCCAGCUGGUCCUCGAGCGCAUCGUCACCCCGGACGUUGUCGAGGUCCAGGAGCUUGACGAGAGCGUGCGCGGCGCCGGGGGCUUCGGGAGCACGGGCAAGCAAUGA